AGGUGGCGUUAAUGCACGUUGAAGUUGUUUGCCAACCGCCAUUAAAACACAAGAAGAAGAACCUGAUGCGAAGCGGUGUGAAACGUUGACCUGCGCGUUAGAAGAUGUCCAGCAUGCGGGUGAAAGGAACCUGGAUGGUUGUGGAUCAAACCUACAGCGGUCCCACGCGUGCCGACAGUUACGCUGUAUAUAGUGACGACACGAUGUUUCCAGAAGAAGCCGAUUGGUCCGCACCUGCGACCGAGUCCUACGCCAACGAUUUAACAACAACCCCUGGAGUCACAAUAUCUGAUGAUCACUGGAUCUGGUGCAACACUGGUGACAGCGACAUAGCUCCCAGCUCCAGGUCGGUCACCUGGACGCCGACGCCAAGAUACCGAGGAGCCGCAAAACGACACAGGUACAGGGCUCCGAAGUCAGCCGGAUCCAGUGGUUCCUGGUGCAACCGGUGGCCAAGAGAAGGCCAACCAAGAGGGCACACGUCAAAGGACGUCUUAAGAAGAAGAAGAAGAGAGAGAGAAAGAUGUAGAGUAAGAAGGGCGAUGGAAAGAAGAUGCCAACCGAGAACCACAUCGUGGGAGCACCUGCCUGUGGUCAUCCCGCCCACAAGGUGGUACCAGGUUGUCGGCAGUAUGCAGUGCAGCCACUGCAAGGCUCAGGGGAGGCACCAGAUCACGUCUUGGAUGUGCCAGUGUUGCCAAGUGGCCCUGUGCCUCAAACCGUAUCGAAACUGCUACACCGAGUGGCACGGCGCGUAAUUUUAGCUCCGGGGGCUACUAAUCAUCCUUAUUGAGAAGUUUUUUUUUUUUUCUCUCCCUAUCAUAGGGUGCAUUAUUGUUUAUGAAACAUUUGGUUUGAAUGUUGAUUAUGUUUUCCAACUUCUAAAGUUUGAGUCCUUAUGUUGAAUAUUCUAGUUGAGGAUAUUGUUCAGCGGUUUAAAUUGCUCACAGUUUGGAAGGUUCUCUUAAAAGUUAUUCACAAUUGCCUGUUGUUAAAAACUUAAAAAUUUCAUAUUUUAAUUUAAUUGCAAUUGUUUUAAUAUUAUUAUUUUUUUCUCCAUGUUCUUCAAUUAUGCAAAAUAAAAGUUA